AUGAAAGUAUCCAAAGUAAACUGUGUGAUGAUAAUUAAAACACGAUUGUGUUUUUUUCUAGGAUUUGAGCUAAUUGGUCAUAUCACCAAGACAUUAUACGCUGACGAAAUAAGCUGUGGAUUGAGAUGCCUUCAAGAUGAAAAAUGCCAAUCUUACAACAGCAAAUCCGAUGCUAAUGAUGCAAAGAAGGAAUGUCAACUGAGUAAUCAAACCGAAAAAUCAAGUCCAGAAAACCUGAGGCGUAACCCACGUUCUACUUAUUAUGGAAGAGGUAAACGAGGUUGGGAUUCUGCUCAUCCGGCUUUCUCCUGUAAGGAAAUUCUGGACUCUGGACACUCCAAAGGAGACGGGGAGUAUUGGAUCGACCCAGAGAAGAGUGGAAACCCUUUGAAGGUCUAUUGUGACAUGUCAAGAUAUGGUGGAGGUUGGCUUCUGGUGUCAAAUGUUGAGUUCGGCAGCCCCUCUUCUAAGGUGUCAGUUGAGACAUCAUACCGUGGGAUAGGUAAGUCACACAUGGUUCUGCAGAAAAGUGCCAUGAAAGAGCUCAGAAGACACUUGUCCUUCACUCAGCUGAGAUUCCACUGCCACAAGAAACAGGGACGCACAUUCCACGUGGUCACCACUUCCAACAGCUCAGGUGAAGCUGUGGUCCAGUACUUCAGCGGUCAGACAGAUGAGCAACCGGAUGCCUGUGGUUCGUUUGUGAGAUUGAAGUGGGAUGACAAUUCCAAGUUAGCUGACAUUUGCAAAGAUUGGGGACUAGUAAGUGGAGAGUACUUAGUUGGAAAGUGGGGACAUGGUGAAGAUCAAAACAGGCUAUACUGGUAUCCCGCAUUCAAAGUAGAUGCGUAUCACCUUAGGGUCCACUUGAAUAACGUUGGUGACCUCAACGUAAUGCAAUGCGAUGAUGUCGCCUAUCAGACCGUCAACACAAUCGGCGAUUUCUGGAGAGUAUUUGUUCGUUAG